AUGUCCACCACCGUGACCGUCUCGCCGCCGCCCGACCCUUUCGGCGAUGACCCGGCGGCACCCGGCACCUCCAGUUCCAACUUCACGCUGCUGUACAUCAUCAUCGCGGUCCUGGCCGGCGUGAUGCUCUACAUGGCCUUCCGCCAUGGCCAGUCGGUCCUGGCCGAGUGGCGCCGGCUCCAGGCAGGUGGCCACUCCGAGGCCGAGUCGUCCGGGACGAGGCUCGGGCUUAGCGUGGACGAAAUCGCCGCGCUGCCCACGUUCACGUACCGGGCGCGGACCGCGUUGGCGUCGCCGCACGGUGGCGGCAGGAGCGGCAGCAAGGGGAGGACGCCGGGCCGGGCGGUGGAGUGCGUCGCACUUCUUCCAUGGCGGCUGCAUCGACGCCUGGCUGCGCGCGCACUCGUCGUGCCCCGUGUGCCGCGCGCACCCGGAGCCCGAGCGUGCGCGGAUGGCCGAGGCGGGCAUGUCCCCGCCGCUGCCGCAGCUGCGACGGUGCGGUGUGUCACCGGAGCGGCCAACGGCAUCGAGGGUCCUGGCGCGAUCGCCGUUGAGAAACAGCUGUUCCUGCUCGACAAGUGGAUUUGGGGAGAACAUCAUCGUCUCGAAAUCACCAUCGCCAAGGCUUCACAUUGGGUCGAGGACUCCGUCUCCGACGCCGCAGGUGUAUGCCAGGGUGGACGAUACAUGCUCAAAGUCACCGCCUCCGGGGAUAUCAGAAAUCGUGGUUGUCCCGUCCAAGUCGCCGUCGCCGAUGAGGUUCAGCACAAGCAGGCAGUUGUCGGCGAGGAGCGUUGGAACAUUGGAAAGCAUAGAGGUGAUCGCGUCAGCAUCACCGUCACCGUCACCGGUGGAAGACGGUGGCGGUUCCCUGUCGAAGUCGCAGUAGCCGUCGCCGGUGCCACGUCGAGUAAUGGGUAG